AUGUUACCAGGUUAUGGAAACAUCAUGAAUGUUGAAACUACUGGUGCAUCAUGGCAAACGGCUCAGCAGGACAAGCUGGUAUACUCAGGUGUGAGGGCAUCACACACCAUGGCAGACACUGACUCAGGAAGAAUGGAAAGGUUCAGGUCUAAAAUCAACUCCGUGGGAGCUAAAUACGGAAUCGAUCCAGCUCUGAUUGCCGCCAUCAUCUCCAGAGAGUCCAGGGCUGGAAAUGUAUUACAUAAUGGCUGGGGAGACUAUGACUCAAACAGAGGAGCGUAUAACGCCUGGGGACUGAUGCAGGUUGAUGUUAAUCCAAAUGGAGGUGGACACACUGCGCGGGGUGCAUGGGACAGUGAGGAACACCUCUCUCAAGGCGCAGAAAUCUUGGUUUAUUUUAUUGGACGCAUCCGCAACAAAUUUCCUGGCUGGAACACGGAGCAGCAGCUGAAAGGAGGAAUAGCAGCCUACAAUAUGGGGGAUGGGAACGUCCACUCUUAUGAUAAUGUGGAUGGCAGAACAACAGGUGGAGACUACUCCAAUGAUGUUGUUGCCAGAGCUCAGUGGUACAAAACCCAGAAAGGCUUUUAAAACCUGAAGCUGUGUCCACAUCAGAAAUCACUGUAACUGUGCAAUUUGUGCUCUGUGUCAAAACCUUUCCUAAAUAAACAUAAUGCAAAGCAAAA